CAAAUAUUGAGGACUUAUGCAGGUACACAGUGCGCUUUGUGUAUUGUGGUGACUCAGCAAUGUACUUCCAUCCCCUUCACAUCAACACCGACCGAUUCCGCACCAUUGAAGCUCCCUCGUACACAUCACAACACAGAUAGAUCUGCAUGCUCGGGGUCUGAUCGAUUCCAUCACUGAAAUAUGCACGGUCCCUCUAACAGAGAUGACCGAACUCCCUCGAAAGCGCUCGCGAGUUGCCUGCACCUCGUGUCAAUCGCGCAAGCGCAAAUGCACCGGGGACCAGCCAUGUUCGACCUGCGUGCAGUUCGGGGUCGACUGCCACUUCGACCUGGAGUCGCGCAAGAAGCGUGAUGUGCGUUUAUUUCAACUGCAGUCUUCCUCUUCCUCCUCCGCCGCCGCCGCGCCCUCGUUUCUGAGUCUCCCCAGCCUCACGCCCGAUAGAGGGGUCGGGGUCCAGGUCUUCUCGGCCAGCCGGUCCGCGGACUCCCAACACUCGCCCGGCGAGACGGCCGCUCCGCUCAAUUCGCUCGACGCCAACUCCGGCGCUGCGUUCGCCAGACGCCUCGGGCUCAAGAUCGACCCGACUAACGCGCCCAAACUGCAUCUCUUCGCCUGGAACAUGGGGGCUCGGCACAACCCUGCCUCCGCCCCGGCCGCCGUCGCCCUCAAGGCCGGGGGCUUACCCGUACCCAUCGUGGACCUCAUCUCCCAGGACGAGAUGCGCUCUCUGGUGGCCGUGUUCUUCGAGAAGGUCGACCCGUGCUACCCCUUCAUCGACCGGGACGAUCUGCUGCGCAACCUGAGCCGACGGUGGCUGCCGGCCAGCGCGGAGGAGUCCGCCCGGCCGCACGGGACCUUCGACGCGGUCCUCUGCGGCGUCGGGGCGUUCGGCUGCCUCUUCUCGCAGCGCACAGCUCCUCCGCUGGAGCUGCAACUGGCGGAGACGGCGCGCCUCAUGCUGGAGCAGCAGAUGGUAUCCGACGCCCCGCCGUCCGUUGACCUGGUCACCGCCUGGGUGCUGCGCGUGGCCUAUCUGCGCAUGACCGCCACGCCCAACGCCGCGUGGAUGGCCAGCUGCUCGCUGAUGCACCUCAUCGAAGCCACGGGCCUGCACCUCGAACUGCCCGACGGCCUCGCCGCCACCACCGCUGCCGCCCCGCUCAGCCAACCGCUGGAACCGUGCGACCCGGAAACCCGCCGUCGACUGUUUGGCAUGGCGCGGCACCUGAACGUGUGGAUCUCGUUCGAGCUGGCGCGCUCGCGCGUCGUGCUGCACGGCGCAACCUCGCUGCCGCCGACCCCGCGCUCGCCAACGACCAACCCGACGGAGAUAUUCCGGCUGCUCCCCAUGUCCGAGAGCCUGGACCCGAACAAAACGCAGGACGCGCCCGCCCUGGAAGCCGCCCUUACGGACGUCCUCAACGUGGCGCUCACGCAGCCGCCUCUGAUCCUGGUGCAAUGCAAUCUGAUGCUCUGUAUCUACCGGCGCCUGCGGGCGCUGAACUGCGCCGUCUCGGGGGCGCUGCUCGAUCGCGUCCUCGCCAUCGCAGAGAAGGGCCUCCGCGCGGCGCGCGAGAUGGUGGCGUCGAACUGCCCGUGGCAUCAGGCCGCCAAUGUGCCAUUCCAGGUGGUGUGUACGCUGCUGGCGAUCGACAACCGGGCGGCGCUGAUGAUGCUGGGCGACGCCAUGGCCACCCUGCGGGAGGUGGUCGCGGCCUACGAUACCGAGGUCAUGCGCGAGGCCUACAGCACGGCGUACCUGCUCAUGCUGCUGCAUCAGCGGCAGAAGGAGGAGGACACCAAGGCGCUUAAGGACGUGCUGCACAUGCACUCGGCUGCGUCUGCCUCGCAGGUCGAGGCGAGACAGACUGCAUCUACGGAGCCGCAUCAUUCGCUUGCCGAUUAUCCGGGCUUUUCGUGGCUGAGUGAUCUACUGGUCGACAUGCCGAGUCUGCAGAACUUCGACAUGGAGCGGUUCAUGUACACUGAUAUGCCGGGGCCGCUGGCGGAACCUCCUGAGGGGGGCUCGGUUUCUACCAGCUGAUGCAGCCAAAAUGAAGGUGGCUAAUUGAGCGUCCGUCAUUGGAUAUACAUACAA